CGGGCCCGCUCCCCCGCCCCCCUUCCGCCCGCAGUGGGCCACGCGGUGCUGGCCAUCAACGGCCUGGAGGUCAACGGGCGCUUCACGGCCGACGGGCGGGACGUGCUGGAGUACUUGAGCAGCGCCGCCAACUUCCCCGUCGCCAUCCGCUUCGGCCGCCCGCGGCUCUCCUCCUACGAGAAGCUCAUGCUGGCCUCCAUGUUCCACUCGUUGUUCGCCAUCGGCUCGCAGCUGUCUCCCGAGCCCGGCAGCUCCGGCAUCGAGAUGCUGGAGACCGACACCUUCAAGCUGCACUGCUACCAGACCCUGACCGGGAUCAAAUUUGUCGUGCUCGCCGACCCACGGCAGGCAGGGAUUGACUCCCUCUUACGCAAGAUCUAUGAGAUUUACUCGGACUUUGCUCUCAAGAACCCUUUCUACUCCUUGGAGAUGCCAAUCAGAUGUGAACUCUUUGAUCAGCACCUGAAGCUGGCACUGGAAGUAGCAGAGAAAGCAGGACCAUUUGGACCGGGCCUAUAGGACGGAUUUUUCCCAUUUCAGCCUCUCAACGGAUCCUUUCCAGUGGCGACUGGGCCGGAAAGAUUCCCUGGCAGGUUGUGUUCCUUGCUCUUCUCCACAUGGGCUUUUCAGCUAAGAUCACCAUUGAUGAAGAUGGUCAGGAGGAAGCUAUGAGCUUAACUCAAUCACUUCCUAGGGCUGCCUUGUAUAUUUGUGUGUGUGUGUAUAUAUAUGUGCAUGUGGCUGUUACAGUGUGUACUUCUCCUUAUGGCUGUAGCCUUGUGUAAAUAAAGCAUUUC